AUGAAAUUGCUUCCUAUCUUUCUGCUUCUCAGCAGCAUCUUCGCGUUACCUACGUGUGACGACAAAAUCUAUAAGAGUUUGUGCGGGUUGUACGGGUACCACAUUCCGUUUCUGAAGGUUGACUUUGAGGAAGUAGAGGAAACAUGCAAGAGCGUGGAACACGAAAAAGGCGACGAAACCUCAAAAGAACCUUGUGCAGCACUCAAGAAACUUGACAACAAGACCAAGGAAGAUGUGAAAAAGAAGCUGGAGAAGCUCACAUGGAUGCAAGCCUGCUUCAAGUUCUGCGAGCACAGGUUUUGUAUUUUUCCAAUAGUUGAACGUCUC